AUGGCUGAAAAGACAAUGAAAGAAGGAAUCGAAGAAGAUUUUAUAACAGAUCGAAAUCCUGUUCCACUCGCUUUCUGUGCUCACCCGACUCCGAUUGCCCCAGAAAACAAAAACCAGGAAGACGACAUUGUCGAACAGAUUCUGGAGCUCGUCGAUCCGAUCGUCGUUUCUAAUCAGAAUGAAACUCGUCAAGCGUCGUCUAUCAAAAGUUACGGGGGCGAUACAGAAAGCGAAUUCGAGUUGUCUGAAGACGACAGUGACUUUGAGAAUUUGAAAGAUGUUCGAGCAGGAGCUUUCGAUUCAGACGAGGAGUUCGAUCGGUUAGUGAAAUACUCGGCGAAGAUAAUAGAGAAGACACACAAAUCGGAGUAUCCCGGGGAGAACGACACAAGAAAGAACAGAAAAACGAAGAACUCCCAGAAAACUGCAAAUAUCCGCGAGUAUGAUGAUCUUCCUCCUCUCGAAAAUCUAAGCAUCGAAUGCAAAAGUCAGUUGAUUGAGUUUGGAUAUGUAAGCAAGGUUGUCGAUUGUCAAGUUGUUAUCGUAUCGACGUGCAAUGAAGUUCUCGAUUUCGACUCAUUUCUGUUCGACGAAAAACGCAAUGCAAUCGGUCAAGUGUACGACAUUUUCGGACAAGUAAAGUCGCCACAAUAUGUCAUUCGAUUCAAUUCGAGUGAAGAGGCUGCUCUCAUCCCAAUUAAUAUGAAAAUGUUUUAUGCACCGACUGAGAAAGAAUUCUCCAAGACACCAUUCAAAGGUCUCAAUCUUGCUGCUGCCAAUCGCGAUACAAUUCAAUCUUUAAAUCGUCAACUCGAUCAUCAAGCCGCAGUUCAAAAAGCCAACGAUCGCUCCUAUGUGCCAGAAGUUGACAGUGAUGUGGAGUUUAGCGAUGACGAAGCAGAGAAAGAGUAUAGAAGAAAUACGCAGCCCCAAUCAGCAAGUGGGAGACAAAGUUUUGAACCAAACAGAGGUGGACGGAAGCGAGAUCGUCGUGGUGGGCAGAGAGUUCAGUUCGCAUCAAACGCUCCAGCACCAAAACCUUAUCGUCGUGAUCAUGAUGGCCCUAUCACUGCCUCAUCGACUACCCCGUCAUUUACUCCAUCAGUCAUCCCUUCACCCACACCUGCUCCACCGUCUAGACCACCACAAUCAACCGAAUCAAAUCCGUAUGCAGAGUUCGGCUGCUACUCGGGAUUCGGGAGACGUUUCGGAAUCUGA